UCGGCCUAGAGGCGGUUAGCUUGACGCAGCAGCGAUAAAAACGCGGCGUGGUUCUCUGGAUUUAGGGCAUUCUCCAACUUCACGUCGUUCUCCUGUCAGGCGCGUUCAUCGACUGUCAACAUGGUUCGCGAAGUAGAAAAUUUGGCGGAAUUCCAGAGCAUCCUGAAGGAGGCUGGAGGUAAGCUGGUGGUGGUGGACUUCACAGCUACGUGGUGUGGCCCCUGCAAACAGAUUGGCCCAGAAUUUGAAAAAUUGUCACAGUUGCCUGAAAACAGUAACGUGAUUUUCCUGAAGGUGGACGUGGACGAGGCUGAGGAUGUGAGUUCCGAGUGUAAAAUCAACUGCAUGCCCACAUUCCACUUUUACAAGAAUGGAGAAAAGGUGGACGAGUUCUCUGGUGCUAACAAAACAACACUAGCAGAGAAAGUGGCAUUGCAUAGAUCAUGAGUCCCUCCAACCAACCCUACAGUAGAAGCUGUUACCCUCCUGUACAUGUCUACGAAGGAAUUCCAGUUUUAUUUCCGAUCUCUAUCAGGUCUUCUAUCCCCAACAGCAAU